AUGAAGAUGGAGAGAUAAGCAUGAGCAAAUCUCACGGACGAUGUUUUAGCUCGCGAGAUUCCGCCAUGGAUGUCGCUUCUGCUCGGGGGGUCUCUUCACAUCCUCCUCCAUAUUAUAGCAAACCCAUUUGUUCAUCACAGUCAUCGUUGAUUCGGAUUCCGAUCAAUAAAGGAUGUUGCUUUGGUCGCUCUUCUUCGAACUUGAUUACUUCCCUUCAUGCUGCUCCGAGAGGGGAGACAAGGCGUACUAGUGGUGUACAAUGGUGUAACCGCUCUAUUAGAUGUGACCCUUUCAAAGUUGAUGAUAAGAACUCAAGAACUGUGACUGUGAGAUCGGAUCUUUCAGGAGCUGCAACCCCUGAAUCUACUUAUCCAGAACCAGAGAUUAAGUUGAGCUCAAGACUCAGAGGGAUAUGCUUUUGUCUCGUUGCUGGCGUCUCCGCCAUUGUUCUCAUCGUCCUGAUGAUCAUUGGCCAUCCCUUCGUCCUUCUCUUCGAUCGUUACAGGAGAAAGUUCCAUCACUUCAUUGCUAAACUCUGGGCUUCCAUAAGCAUCUACCCGUUUUACAAAACCGACAUCCAAGGUUUGGAGAAUCUGCCGUCAUCAGACACUCCUUGUGUAUACGUUUCGAACCACCAAAGCUUUCUGGAUAUAUACACACUUCUCAGCCUUGGCCAGAGCUAUAAGUUCAUCAGCAAGACAGGGAUAUUCGUUAUUCCGGUUAUCGGUUGGGCUAUGUCAAUGAUGGGGGUUGUUCCCUUAAAGAGGAUGGACCCAAGAAGCCAAGUGGAUUGCUUAAAACGCUGCAUGGAACUAGUAAAGAAGGGAGCAUCUGUGUUUUUCUUUCCAGAAGGAACGAGGAGUAAGGAUGGUCGGUUAGGUCCUUUCAAGAAAGGUGCAUUUACAGUAGCAGCUAAGACGGGAGUUCCAGUGGUGCCAAUAACGCUGAUGGGAACAGGGAAGAUCAUGCCUACGGGUAGUGAAGGUAUACUGAAUCAUGGGGAUGUGAGAGUGAUCAUCCACAAGCCGAUAUAUGGAAGCAAAGCUGAUGUUCUUUGCGAUGAGGCCAGAAACAAGAUAGCUGAAUCAAUGAAUCUCUUGAGUUGAAACAUUUGUUUUUUUAAGCAGUGUCUCUGAUGAUGAACAAUGAGAAGGCUAUAUCAUUUUUACAUGUGGACGAACAAAAUGUCAGUUUUAUUGUUUAGAAUAAAAUUUAGGCCUCCUUUUUCUAUU